CCGGGUGCACGCACAGGAAAUCAUGACGGCGAUUUUGAAUGGGGUUUCCGGUGUUUGCAGGAAAGUAAACGUGGAAUUUCAUUUCGCUGUUUGUUUAUAUUUGUAAAUUAAAUUCAAAGUAAAGAGAGAAAAAUGUUCUCCGGCUUGCCCGAACUGGGGAUCUCGAACGGGGAAGAUCUAAAGGAAACGCUUACGAAUUGUACGGAACCCUUGAAAGCCAUCGACCAGUUUCAGUCAGAGAAUGGAAUCCUGCUGCCCUCGCUCCAGUCCGCCCUCCCGUUCCUGGAUCUGCACGGCACGCCUCGGCUCGACUUUCACCAGUCCGUGUUUGACGAGCUGCGGGAGAAGCUGCUGGAGAGAGUCGCCGUUAUCGCGGAGGGAAAAGAGGACGACCGGUAUAAUAAACUAGAAGAGCUGCUGGAGAAAAGCUUCCCGCUGGUGAAGAUGCCGUCGAUCCAGCCCGUGGUGAUGCGUGUUAUGAAGCACUUACCCAAGGUCCCAGAGAAGAAGCUGAAGCUGGUGAUGGCGGAUAAGGACCUGUACAAGGUGUGUGCCGUGGAGGUGAAGCGGCAGAUCUGGCAGGAUAACCAGGCCCUGUUCGGGGACGAGGUCUCGCCCCUGCUCAAGCAGUACAUCGUGGAGAAGGAGAACGCGCUCUUCAGCACAGACCUGUCGGUGCUGCACAACUUCUUCAGCCCCUCGCCCAAGACACGCCGCCAGGGAGAGGUGGUUCUGAAGCUGACGCAGAUGAUUGGGAGGAGUGUGAAGCUGUACGACAUGGUGCUGCAGUUUCUGAGGACGCUGUUCCUGCGCACAAGGAACGUGCACUACUGCACCCUGCGGGCAGAGCUGCUCAUGUCCCUGCACGACCUGGACGUCAGCGAGAUCUGCUCCGUCGACCCCUGCCACAAGUUCACCUGGUGCCUGGAUGCGUGCAUCAGAGAGAAGUUUGUGGACGCCAAGCGAGCGAGGGAACUCCAGGGCUUCCUGGAUGGAGUGAAGAAGGGGCAAGAGCAAGUGCUGGGGGAUCUGUCGAUGAUCCUCUGCGACCCGUUUGCCACCAACACCCUGGUUCUGAGUACCGUGAGGAACCUGCAGGAGCUGGUCAGCCAGGACGCCCUGCCCAGGGACAGUCCAGACCUGCUGCUGCAGCUGAGGAUGCUGUCUCUGGGACAGGGGGCCUGGGACAUGAUCGACAGCCAGGUGUUCAAGGAGCCACGCCUGGAGCUGGACCUGGUCACUAAGUUCCUGCCGUCCGUGCUGGCCCUCGUUGUGGAUGACUACACCUUCAACGUGGACCAGAAGCUGCCGCCGAUGGAGGACAAGGUUCCUGUCACCUACCCCAGCUCCCUGCCGGAGUCCUUCACCAGGGCCCUCCAGGAGAACCGCGUUGCCUGUGAGUUGGGUCUCUACUACAUUCUGCACAUCACCAAGCAAAGAAACAAGAACGCCCUCCAGAGACUGCUGCCCGCGCUGGUGGAGACCUACAAUGACAUGGCGUUCAGCGAUGUCUUCCUGCACCUCUUCACCGGCAGCUUCACCCUGCUGUCUGACGAGUUCGGAGCAGAGGAGUUCUGCAAUGCUGUCUUCGAUGGCUUUUUCCUGACGUCGUUUUCGAGCAAGGAAAACGUACACAGGCACAUUCUGAGACUGAUCUUGCACCUUCAUCACAAGAUACUGCCUUCCAGACUGGAGUCCUUAAUAAAGACCCUGGAGCCUUCCAAGCAACAGACCAGCGAGGCGGUGAAAGAGCUGUACACCCAGCUGAUGGAGAAGCUUGACUCUCAGAAGAAGAGUCCAGCCCAGCCUGCGGAGCCUCCUUCCCUGGAUCUGCCUCUGCACGCCGUGGCCGUCCCAGCGGCUGCGCCCCCCGCUUCCCUGACCCCCACCCACACCCCCACCACCCUGACACCCUCACCAACACCUACCCACACAGCCUCGCCCACGCCCAUGUGAGAGCGAGGGGUUUAGAAUUCUACCCCGUUCUUCAACAUCGACCAGGAAUGUAUGCAGGCAAACGACUGGGUCUUUCCACUGCAGAUCACGGCACCUCUGAAACCGGCUCAUCAGUCAGCACCCCUCGCACCGGUCGCAUUUUUCUCAGCUCUAGCUGGUCUUGUUUGCCGGACUGUGUUCAGGUGGUCUGCACUCUGAAGUGUAAACCAGCCAUUCGUGCGAGCGGCAGGGUUCAGGGGGUGAGUUGGGUGCUCAAAAUAGUUUUCUAGAUCAAACCCAAUCUUUUAUACAUAUAUUAUUAAUUACAUCAAAAUUGGUUAGUUGGUGUGGCUUAUAGUUGUUGUACAUUUUGUAGCUAUCAGAUCACUCUUUUUAUUUUAAAAUAAGAAAACCUUUUUUUUUAAAUAUAUUUUCAUAUCUCUAGGUGAACUUCUCCAUUUGAGGUUUUUUUUUCUUUAAAGUAUGAGGUGUAUUGAACUGUAAAUAAAGACACACUUGAGAAUA